AACUCCUCUUUUCCAAAAACUAUUCUGACGAAUUGGUUUGACCGAUUUUCGUUCUCAAGAGGUGGAUCACAUCAAAUCAGGACUCCAGUGGCACAAAUUCCAACCAGGGACGCCCACUCUGGUACCACGGCGCAAAGAGAAAUGAUAAUUUCACCGCCAAUGGUUACGUCUCUGCUUCUUUUGUGCUGCUUCAUCGCGGUGCAAUGGACGAGCGCGUUUGGUCCAUCCAAGCCGACAACGAGAUGCCUGCCUUUCGCGACAACGCCGAGGUCUUGUCCGCGGCCGAUGGCAGCGAACGACGAGUCUAUCACGGAGGACGAUGACGAGAAUGAUAACAAUAUCGACGCACCCAUUGCGAACAAUCCAAAGAGCCAGAUGAUGGACUACGUCACAAUGUUCCUCGACAAAACCGCCGCGGAAGAGGACGAAGCCACCGCCGAUGACGACGACGAGAGCAAGGAGUAUGCCGCAAAAAUUGCGGACGCAACCCUGGAAGAUAUAUCCGAGGCUACCCACCUGAUUGCUAUUCCGCUGGACACCUCCCACGAGCUUCUGAUCGAACUGGAAUCCGUUCAGAGGGCUAUUUUGCACCACUGCCCGAUUUUGCUCGACGCCUGCAUCAGUGGCAGCCUAACGAGAUUGCCUCUGCUGUACAUCAAAGCCCCGGAUGCCAAUAUCAACGACAACCCCCGAAACUCGGCCAGUGUCUCCACUUCGCUGGCACGUACCAUCAAGCGCUUGGUGAAGAAACAUAUCUACACAACGGUUGCGAAGGAAGACGGAGACGACGAGGACGAGGACAACGACGAAGAUGUCGUGAACGCCGAUGGAUACCGUCCACUCACUAUGACCUUUCAGUCGUUGGAAAUCGAUGGAAGCAACAACAACAUUCUGAAUACAGUCGGAACAUUCUGUGAUGUCGAAGACACCGAUGAUGCCACGGAGGACGAUGGUGACGCUAAAAACGAUGACGAAGUAGAGGAAACACUUAACUACAACGAAAAACGAUUCAAUAAUCUUAUGAAUGACCUCCAAUCCGCCAUUGCUGCACAAGGCUGGCAAAUGGCAUUUUCGCCAGAUCCCAACAAGGCCGAAUACGUCACGGAAGACAGUUCGCAACUGUUUCGUCCACGAGUGCCCUUUAUGGAACUUCCGAAGAGUUUUGAUGAAAAUAUCAAUCGGUUCAAGAACAGCGAAAUAGAAAUCACGGACGAAAACAUGAAAUUUCUCAGGGCCGAGGAGGGAGGCAACGGAAUAUCACCCAUUUUUUGGUCCAACUGGUGGGAAGACGUCUUUGCGCGGAACGUCCGGUUGCGAGAAAUCGGGAUCUAUCCAACGAAUCCAGCGCUGGACGAUGCGGACGACGAUGCAAGCUUGAAAAUCAGGAACGAGCAGUUCUAUCUUCCUCUGGAGACUAUCACGUUGCCGGACGGAACCGACAAGAUGAUCAAGUCGGAGAAAAAGUUCCUUGACUACCACGAAAAGAGAAUGAAGGAAAAGGAGAAGGAAUUCAUGAAAGAAUUCAAGCAAUCCGAAGAAUCGGAAUCGCCACAACCUUCGGAGAAUCCCUUGUCGCCGGGAUCGUCAACACCAUCCGGCGAACCCGACAUUCUUAUGAAAAAGACGAGAAAGAGACUGGAAAACAUUUAUUUGAAAAAUGUGGGAUUCGAGGACGGCGAUGCCUUGCUGGAGCAGCUCGAGAACGAGGCGCAAAUGGACCAAGAUGACGACGAAAUAGAUCUGGGAGAGACAAAAGACACUUCGAGAGCUAGUGACGACGAUUACAUCGAAGAUUGGAUGCGGCAAAAGAUCAUGCAGGCAAAGAAUCCGUUGGUCGAAAAGGAGGAAGAAAACACCUUCGCCGAAACAAAGAGCGUUGCGGAACCAAAGGAGCCCGUCGAGGACACCAAGGAUCCCUCCGCAACCGAUCCGACCAACACCGAAAAAGAGAGCGACUACAUGGAUAGUUGGAUGAAAGAAAAGAUUAAGAACGCCGUGAACAAUCUAGAAAGCGUGAAAAGCAGAGAAUUUGUCAAGAAGGAACCAAAAUUCUCCAUCGAAGACAACCCCGUAUUCAAGGCCUAUAGGGAGGGAUCGCUUGCCGAAAAGAAACCCGCACCACCACCAGCCAAGAAGCUCGGACCCUACCCCGGAAACGAUCAUUUUGUGGGAAUCUGGAAGGUCAUGGUCAAUCCCAUGGGAGGCGAAGACAACACCAGAAGCGAAGACGGAAGCGAAAACCUGAUCCUCCGCGUGGACGGAACCACCGCUGCGGGCCCUACGCUCAACCCCGACACGAAACAGAAAGCAGCCGGCGGAACCUGGAAGAUGCUUCCGCAGGAAAACGGCGACGUGGUGCUCCGAAUCCGGCUGGUCAUUCCCCCGGAAAAGAAGCGAAUUUUGGUAAUGGAAGGACGCGCCGUCCGGGGAUCGCCGAUUGGAAUGGCCCUAGCGUCCAAGACGUUUGGCAUACCGCAGCUGGAAGAAAAGGCCAGAGAAGCUGGCCAGAACGACGAGGAUCGAUUGACGUGUUCGGGCGAGGUAAGCAACCUGGAUUGUUUGACGAACUUCUUGUGGACCGUUGCAUCGUACGAGCAACCGCCACGCUAUUUUUUCUAUCAAAGCAAACUGCUCACAGGCGUUGAUAUAUUUUUUUUUUUUUUUCGUCCGGCAUUGCAUUGCUCUGGCACAACCACGAAUCGAUUGCUGUGUAGGCUUGGAUCGAAGAUGCCGUUACAAAGAAGAACAGAAUACGAGCCGAAAAUUUCUACAUCGAAAAAUUGACGGGGGGAAAAGACCCAGAAAACUACACGAUUACGAUUCCAAAGACGCUUCGAAGGCUCGAUUAGCUUUUCUAUAGACAAAGCGA